UAACGCCUCUGGCAUCGCUCAGUUCAUGGGCCCUGAUGAAUCGCAAUGUUUUAUGUGCUUUCUUACGCCUUACAAACACUACGCAAAAAAGCACGUGUUUCGCAGUAAGUCUGUGUGCCGCGCGGCAAACAUAGCUUCCAUAUGAUGAUGCGUUAAAAUGUAGUUCUAGCAUCAUCUAGGUUGAUGUUAGUGUGCAAGUAUGUCAUUCCUUAUGUAUUCUCUCUAAAGCAUCGGUACAGAGAUCUGCCAGCCACUACUGGUGGUUUGUUUGUGAUUCACGAGUUGCUAUCGAAGCGUAGUUGGAGAAGGUGCGGGUGCUGUACGGUGGCAGGCUACCAAAAAUGACAACCAUCGGCAGAUAAACCUGUUCAGCCUUGACGGAGUGCAUUCAGUGAAAAUUGCAUGACUACAAACAUUGCAGGAGAAACGCAAUUAUCUGGAAAAGGCAAUUAUCUUGGAAUUUUCUUGACGCUGCUGCUGUGUAGCUCUCGUCGAUAGGUUGAUCAGUUGCAAGUCAUCUUUGUCCAAGCGAGAAGACAACAUGAAAAGAACCGAUUGGGAAAAGUUCAAGCUACUGCUGUGGAAAAAUUGGAUCAUCCAGAAGAGGCACUAUGUGCAAACAGUGUUUGAGAUCACCAUUCCGGUAUUGGCUUGUGCACUGCUGAUAUUGGUUCGAGGACUCGUGAAUCCUUCCACCUACAGCAAACCCACCACUUUCAGUAGCCUUAAUGUGAGCAGCAUUGCUAGCAUACGAACUAUGAUCUCGAAUCAUCCUAUUGAGUUGACGCUGGCGUUCACUCCAAAGAAUGUAAUACUUGAACAAGUUAUGAAGAAAGCUGCAAGAUCUCUGGGUACGGAUGUACGGAUAAAAGGCUUCAAUGACACGAAGAGUAUGUAUAACGUAUUAAUAACGAACAACUACUUGGCUGGAGUUGAAUUUGGAAACGACCUCAAGGAUAUUUCGGAAUUACCAGACAAACUAUCGAUCGCCUUACGCUAUCCCAGUGAAAUGCGCACAACCAUCCUACCAGGAGCUGAGUUUUGGGCAAAUUGGCGUACUUUUCUGGUAUUUCCACCCUUCCAAACCUAUGGUGCUCGAGCAGUGAACUACAGCGAUGGUGGGUAUCCCGCAAACUACUACGCCGAGGGAUUCGCAUCAGUUCAAAGUGCGGUUACCCGAGCCUUGCUAGCUAUGAAGAACGAUACUUCUCAACUGCCGACUGUUUCAUUACAGCGAUUCCCCUAUCCGCCCUUCUACAACGACCCCCUUCUAAGAGGCCUGGAGAAUCUCUUUCCCGCCAUUAUAAUGAUUGCAUUUUUCUACUCGUGCAUAAACACGGUAAAAUUCAUAACGCUGGAAAAAGAGCGACAACUUAAAGAAACCAUGAAGGUGAUGGGCCUCAACGGAUGGCUACACUGGACGGCAUGGUUCGUGAGAACGCUGGUGCUGUUGUCGAUUUCGAUCUCGCUCAUAACCGUACUGCUGUGUGCGAGUCUCACCACCAAUACGGACGUUGCCAUUUUUGAAUUUUCCAACUGGCUGCUGAUAUGGAUGUUUUUGUUCGUGUACAGCAUCACCACGAUCACGUUUUGUUUCAUGCUGAGCACAUUCUUCUCGAAAGCAAACAUUGCAUCCGGUAUGGCGGGAAUCAUUUGGUUCUACUCGCUGACACCGUACAACAUCACUUUCGGAAACUACGAUCGAAUGUCGCUGGGAGCGAAGCUGGCCUCCAGUUUGUGGUGCAAUACUGCCAUGGGAUACGGCUUCAUGCUGCUAAUGAAGCACGAAGGCACGUCCAUAGGGUUGCAGUGGUCG